CGAGCAUCGCAAAGUAGGUUAUCCAAGGAGAGAGAGAGCUGAGGAAUGAUUUCCAGUAGGACCAACUCGGGGUCGACCACACAUUACGUGGCACGCAUGGGACUUCCCACAUUAAAUCUGCCGGAGAUAUUUCAUUCCGAAAAUCCCCUUGAAAUCCGCCAUUGUUCUUUCGGUCAUGUCCAUAGCAUAUGACAAAGUUUAAACGCGACAGAAAAUUUCCGAGGUCGGUCGUUGGGUGCAAAUGGUGGCUCUAGCCGUUCUCCCCGGCGUCAACCCCUUCUCCUCUUCACCUAGCAGCCAGCCGGAAAGUCGUUCCCGCGCAAGAAAACUGCCCCAGCCUCCCAUCCCCGUUCCCAAGUACGCUCCCAAGAAGUCCUCCUCUGAUAGCCCUGUGAAUCCCGCUCUAAGAACUGUCCACCGAAGAACCAAGUAUUACCGGCCGAUCCCUGAUAGCGGCGGUGUGGUAACCACCGAUCAAAGCGGUCGGUCCGUGAUUGUCGGGGAAUCCGGCAUCUCGUACCUCCUUCCUGAUGCGCCUUUCGAAUUCCAGUUCAGCUACUCGGAGGUCCCCAAGGCUAAACCUCUCGCUGUCCGGGAGCCAGCGCACCUGCCCUUCGCCCCGCCGACAAUGCCGAGGCCGUGGACGGGAAAGCCUCCGCUAAGGAAGAAGGAGGACAAGAAAAAGAGGAAGAUCCCCCUGUUUGAGCCGUUAAACUCACCAGAGGACGUAGCUGGCAACACGAGAUUGUUGCAGAAGCCGGUGCCGUUCCGCAGGGAGGUGAAGACGAGGGAGGAGAUUCUCGGGAAGCCGUUAUCGAGGGCAGAGAUUCGGGCGUUGGUUAAGCCUCUCGUUUCUACUAACCGACAAGUGAAUCUCGGGAGGGACGGGUUGACACAUAAUAUGUUGGAGCUAAUACAUACACAUUGGAGGCGUCAACAAGUUUGUAAGAUUCGGUGCUUAGGCAUUCCAACUGUAGAUCUGGACAACAUCUGCUACCACCUUGAGGAAAAAACUAGUGGCAAGAUCAUCCACAGGGUUGGUGGUGUUGUAUACCUCUUUCGAGGAAGAAACUACAACCAUCAUACUCGUGCACAGCUUCCAGUAAUGUUGUGGAAACCUGCUGCUCCUGUCUAUCCAAAACUUAUUCAAGAAGCUCCAACUGGACUGACCAAACUUGAAGCAGAUGAGUUGAGACAGAAGGGAAAAAAUUUAUUACCAAUUUGCAAGCUAGCAAAAAAUGGAGUUUAUAUAAAUCUUGUGAAGGAUGUUCGAGAAGCUUUUGAGGGAAGUUGCUUGGUCAAGAUAAAUUGCCAAGGAAUGCAUGCAAGUGACUAUAAAAAGUUAGGUGCAAAGCUUAUGGAAUUGGUUCCAUGUGUUUUGCUUUCUUUUGAUCAAGAACAAAUUUUAAUGUGGAGAGGUAAAGAUUGGAGGUCAAUGUACCAGGAAGCACAGUCAUUGUUAGUUGAUUCCCUUGCUGGUGAUGUAGCUGAAGAUACUUCAAAGUUUGAUGAUGUGGAAACUCUGCCAUAUGAUAAUUACAGUGGAGAAACAGAUCAAGGCUGGGAAAAUGGUAGAAUUGAUAAAUCAGUGGGAAAGAUGAGUGGGAGAAUGAUUCUGCUGUGGAAACAUGCUUUAGAUUCACAUAAAGCACUUCUUUUGGAUGAGAUUGAUUUAGAUCCUGAUGAGCUUCUGGAUAAAAUAGAGAAGUUUAGCGGCUAUUCCCAAGCAAGAGAACAUUCUUAUCCAGCACUCAUUUUGUCAGGUGCAAUGUGUGGGAAGGGUCCAAGAAAUGAACUAAAGGUCAACGAUAAUGCUGAAGAUGGUUCUUUUUGAGACUGGUGGUACUGGUGGAGCAAAUAACCUAUAUUCGGAGAUAUAUAACAAUUGGUUUCACUUUCUUGCCAAUUGUCUUGUGAAAAGGUCCCUAGAAAUUUGGCUGUGUGAUUGGCUGAUGUAAGUGAUGACAUCCUUCAUGAUGAUCGUGAUGGAUCUAUUAGCAGGUAUGUCUGGACUGAUUGAUGAGAUACUGGCCUAGCUACAGCAGGUCUCCUAAUGCCUGUUAUCAUCACAACUCAUGACAAGUUUACGCUGGUGUUGACUGAUUUAUCCCGUCUCAGAAUGAAUGCCGGUUGCUUUGUUGACCUUGAAAUAUCAUGGUAACCCAUGAUGUUCUACUAGUGACUAGUCAAAUGUCUAAACUCUGUACAUAUUGGGAAAGCCAUUCUGGUCAACAAAGUAGAUAACAGGAUGGACAAGUUACCUAUUUCUGUUUUAGGCGGUUGACUACACAGGUGUUUAUUUUUUUAAUGUAUAUGUAUUGUGGAACGACUCUGAACAUCACUUAUUCAUUACUACAAAUUUGUGACCACAAUAAAGAUGCUUUGUUAAAA